CCACUGUCUACUAGCAAAACUAUACUCGCCUCUCGCCCACUAGUUUGUAGCCGCCGGUGGGACCAGUGCCUUCUGUCGGGGAUUCGAGAGUACAGUACAGUACCAAUAAAGUAAUAUUUUUAUGAUAUUUAUUAAUAAUAAACUAGUCAAUUUUUAUGUACCUCCAAGGUGUACGGUGUGUCCUACGCAUUUAAGAGAGGGAAAUUGGAAGGAGUUGUCUGAAGCUCCGCAUAAUUUUCGAAAUUUUAAUGAGGAGUAUACUGCGGACAUUGUUCGCAUUUUUAAAGAAAUAAUACAUACAAUAAACUGUUCGGUUCAAAAUAUUAUAAGUCACCUUAACAAUUUAUAAUUACUGGUAAAUAAAAUACAUUUCGAACAUUUUUUACCUAAAUUUAUAAAUGUACGUAACCUAUUUAUCUGAUAUUUUUUUACAGGACAAUAAAAUAAUACAAGGAAAAGAGCACUCGUGUCAAGUUAAUUACGAAAAAAAUGAAGUAGCCGAGGCUCUUGUAGAUUUACGAAAUGAAGCGUCCAGCACCGAUAUUCCAAUGCCGCAACUCUACAAAAAGCACGAGGAAAAAUUAAUGGAUAAAGGUUAUCAUUUGUUAGAUAGCAUACCAAGCUUUGAAAACGUUAAACACUCUUUAUACAACGCAAGACAUAAAUCAACGGGGGUAACAAAGUCUGUUUACUCAUCUGCACAAGAAGUGGUCGUACCGGACCAGUAUGUGGAUUUUAUUCUGGACGAUUAUUGGGAUAGCGACAAACGAAUUAUCAUUUUUUGCACAUCAGAAGCACGAAACAUUAUUCAAAAUAUUGAUGAAUACUUCGGAGAUGGGACGUUUAAAAGUUGCCCGCGUCCAUUCGUACAAUUAUUUACAUUGCAUGGUGACAUUGGAAGUGGCAACGCAACUACAAACGUUGUUCCUUUGAUAUAUGCCUUACUUACUGAUAAAAAGAAAGACACAUAUGUAAAAAUGAUUAAUAUGAUAAAGUCAGCACUUCCAGCAUGGCAAGUUAAAAAAUAUCAUUGCGACUACGAAGCUGCAGCCAUCAACGCAUUUUUAGAAGGUUUCCCGAACGUUGACAUAAAAGGUUGCUAUAUGCAUUAUUCUAAAAAUAUUUGGAAAACCGCUAAGCAGUUAGGGCAUAACAAGUCUAAGCCCGAAAAAAGAAUUGUAGGCAUGUGUGCCGUACUGCCACUACUUCCAGCUGAGUAUGUUACGGAGGCCUGGCAACACAUCAAAAAUGAGCUAGUUGCUUGUAAUUUUUUGAAAAUGGACAAAUUCAUCAAAUACGUCAAUCGUGUUUGGUUGAACAAAAGAAUAAAAAAGUUUAUAUCCGUUUUUGGACAACGCCAUAGAACGAAUAAUGUGGCCGAAUCUUUUCAUGGCGUUUUGAACAAGAUGGUUAACAAAAACACAGUUAAUUUAUUAAGACUGUUAAAUGCUCUACGCACGGUAGGCAAUUUGUCAAAGAAAACCCCGCGGAAGCAGCGUACAGGAGUAAAAAGGAGGUUACAAUAUGUGCUGACGGACGAUUACAUUAGACAUGUACAAUUAGAAUUAAUAGAUGGACAUAUUACUGUUGGGAAUGCUGUUGAAAAAUUAAGAUAAGCACAUGUUUUAGGUACUUACACACAAAAAGUUGACUUUGUUUUUGCAGAGGUGCAAUGUAGUUUUGUUUAAGUAAUUCAAAUGCAAUAAAUUCUUCUCUAUAUUGGGCCUUGUUUUUAAUUUCUUCACUUCAAUUCAACGAAUCAGUGGGAGUAAAUCAAAUCAAAUCAAAAAUUUCAGAUACCAGUAUUACCUCUAACGCCUGGUUAUUGAUUGUCAAUUCUGUUAUUACUUUUAUAUCAAGUGAACAGAGGACAUGGCGAAACUAUUACAGGAACCUUUGUUGUACACGGACGUUUCACAUAGACGGAGAGGCUAACAUGACCACCAUUCGAACGAUUGACUAAAAAAAUAUUCUGACAGUUGAUCCACGGAUACUUUUAGUUACCCGUUGUAC